GUUGGAGUCCGAAAAAGUCAAUUAGCAACUCGUCAUUAAGAGGACGACCGGAUUUGUCUUCACCGCGCCAGAUUGCGGCUUAAACCUGGACCAGAACGAGUUCGAAAGGCACUGAACUGGAUGAAAGACGAACCGGUCGAGAUGACAGCCAACGCCGGGUUAGAGUUCGAAAUCGACGUGGAGACUCUGGAGACCGAGAGCGACGACCAGGCGGACUCCUCCAGUCGCCCCGGCUCUGCGCCGCUCGGCUCCGGUGAAGACGACGUCGACGGCCGCAGGAGCGAUGACAACAAGUCGGUCUCUGGUGGCCCGUGUGUUGGGGACCAACGGAAGCUGAGCCGCACGCCCAAGUGCGCCCGUUGUCGGAACCACGGCGUGGUGUCCUGCCUGAAGGGACACAAGCGCUUCUGCCGGUGGAGGGACUGCCAGUGUGCCAACUGCCUGCUGGUGGUGGAGCGGCAGCGCGUCAUGGCGGCGCAGGUGGCGCUGAGGAGGCAGCAGGCCACAGAGGACAAAAAAGGAGUAACCGGGAAACCAAUUCCAACGGAGAGACGGGCCAUUUAUCAGAGGCACAUUCGACCAUCCACCAUGUUGGCCAAAAGCAUACUAGAAGGAUACCGUCCUGUACAGACCGAUCCAUUCCUGGCAGCCAACCCGUCUCUCCCGCCGCCACUGAGCGAUCGCAUGAGAAAGAGAAGAGCCUUCGCUGACAAAGAGCUGGAAACCAUCAUGCUGGAGCGGGAGUAUAAGGAACGAGAGCUUCUGGAGUCCAGCCCAGGCCCGGCCUCUCUGCUCUUCCCCAACGGCCUGGUCCACCACGCGGCAGAGUACAACUCCUACAAGGCGGCCUACUCGCCGGCUGCUCAGGUAGAGCAGCAGCCCGGCAUUCUCGGCUCCAACUGCCUGGAUCUGUCCAUGCAGUACCCGGCUGCGUCUGCAAACGUUGAGCUCAUCUCUUCCAACGUGAGCGUGGCUACAACUUUCCGUCACUACCCGCUGCCGUCUUCGCGAGGCGGCCUCGUGAUGUGGCCCCGCGGCGCAGCUAAUCUGGGUGACGCGCUGCUUUACCAGCAGUGUCUGUUCAACGCCACAGCUGUGCAAAAUAUGAAGCCAGGGUCGGUGUGGGAGCCGAAAGUGAUGCCCACUGAGAGCCAGCCACCAGAGCAAGACGUCGCUGCGAAGCUAGAGGGCUCCAGAGCUGCCUCCCUGCAGGACUCCUCCCUGCCUCAACGAGGAGACCCCAAACACUCCGGUGCCACACAGCGAGAGUGCUCGGCCUUCUCCCCUCCCAAGAGAAGCUUCGGACAAACCUUCCUAAACAACUCACAUUCCCAAACCUCCGGCCAAAUCCUGAACAAGCUCAGUAAGGACGCUGGGAAGCUUUCCAUGAAACUCAACUCCUUCCACUCACUCGUCCAGCACUCGCUCAGUGAGAAAACCGGCAGCACGCAAGAACUUAGAGCUCCAUACUGCAAAGAAAUCUUCGAAGAGGCAGCUCACAAGUUCAAGGACGACGCAGCCAAGGACGCGCUGGACUCCAAAAUCACAGACAGAUAUGCCAAAGAUUUCCCGGUCAAGCCGGUGGGGACGAAGAUGGCCUCGAGCGACUCUUUGUCUUUCUCUGUGGAGGCCAUUUUGAAGCGACCCACACCUGCCAUGACCAGAGCAUUCCAUUAAGGACGACUGUAAUUGCACUAAAGACCGUUUGGUUCUAUCAGGGCACACGACCCAGCACUGCGUCUGACUAAUCCAACCAGCUACUUGUAAUAUUUAUGUACAGAAUAUUCAGAUUUUACACGUGCAUGUUUAAUGACGUAUGAACGAGUAUUUAAACAUUAUCUCAAUGUUUUCCUCUUGUUAAUAAACUUUAUAUGAAACCA